AUUUGGAUUGAACAAGAAAUAGCACGAGUGGAAAUUAUAAUUACCAAGUAAUUGUAAGCUACAGCUGACUUCAUCAACAACCUCCACAACUCUCAUGCUUGCUUUUCUUUUAUCAAUUAAAAAAAACCAUAACUAUCACGUUUCUAAAAAUAAAUGAAAACUUACUAUUAUUCUAAUCCAAAAAUUCACCAUUUUCUCUGUAAUUUCCCCCUUCUUCUCUCCUUCAACCUCUUCAUUCUCUUGCUUUUUCUCUCUCUCUCCCUUCUUUCUCUCUCUACCCUUUUCACUCCUAAGCUAGGGCUACAAUACCAGCAUUUUUCUAUUGUGUCUCUUGUUCCAUUUGAUGAGGAGAAAAUGGGUUUAAACUGCAUUCAUGAUGUUCGCAUCUCAUUUAUUUAUUUCUAGAAUCUUUGCCUGGUCUCCUAGCAUGGAUGAUGAUAAAGGGCUUGAACUCAGCUUGGGAUUAGCAUGUGGUGGUUCAUCUUCCACAUCAAAGGAUAGGAGCAGUAACUCAGCUGAUGCUAAAACUGAUCCAGAUGAAAGAACCAAUAAAAUUCUAAAUGAUUUCAAAAAUUUCCUUAGUGCUGUUCCACAAUCACUUCCCAAAAAUGAUGCUGUGAAACCUCAAGAAAACUUCUUUAAUAAUUUGCAGCAAAAUGGUAAUGGUGAAAAUGUCUCCGGUGAUGAACCUGGAGUCGGUAAUAAACGUAAAAGUACGUUUGAAGAGAUGAAUGACCCGAAGAAACAAGAGACAGAUUCUCGUAAUUCUGUUAUACAAGAUAAGGACAAAAUGUCUCACAUAUCAAUUACGACUGAUGAGGGAUCGACCGCAGAUAAUGAAGAUGUGGCAGAAUCUGAAGCUGAGGGUUCAACGUCCAAAUUGGCCUCUCACCAUGAAGAUGGAUCUAGAACACCCGGAGGAAGUGGUAGCUCCUCUCAGGCUCCUAAGGAACUUUGUGGAAAACCAAAUAGCAGUGCUCCUUUUACUGUGCAAAUGAAUAACUUGAAUGUUCCUUACUCUAUAACCAUCAAAGAGCCUCCAUCAGCUAGUGCUCCAAGUACACCAAGUUACUCACUACCAGGAAUGAUGCAGGGGAUCACUUCUGCAAAUGGAGAGCGGCCAAGGCUGCACGCUACAGCUCUAGGGAGUUUGCCAAUGUCAUUUGGAUAUUCUCCUGUCCAGCUUCCAGUGUUGGACAAUAAGGAUAGCCCUUGGAGAAUGGCUACUCAGCCUCAAUCCAUCCCUGCAACUUAUGCUGGAAUAUCUAUAUCAACUUCAGUUCCAAUGCAAGCUAUCAAUAGCUCAUCUGAGUCUGCACGGCUUGAUGUGCACCCUUCAGAGCAGCCAAAAGGUCAACCUCUACUAGUAGCUGAGGAAGGCUCCUCUUCCCAGGUUGAAGGUGAUGCAAAGGGACGAGGAAGCAGCUUUCCAUCCGAGUAUCCAGCCAUAAGGCCAGGAAUUGCCUCCGAGAUGAACUUUGGUGGAUCCGGGUCCUUUCCGAAUUUACCUUGGGUAUCUACAACAAGUCCAGGACCCAAUGGUAAGACGAUUUCGGGUGUCACAUAUAAGUACAAUGCCACCCAGAUAAAGAUAGUAUGUGCCUGCCAUGGAGUCCAUAUGUCUCCUGAAGAAUUUGUCCGGCAUGCUACAGAGGAGGAACAAACUCCUGUCACCACCCCCAACUUAACAUCCCUACGAAGCACCAAUCCCACAACUUCUGCGAAAUCCUGAAUGUUUGUAUCUCAAGUAAUGGAUAGAGCAAAGAGUUGGAGUGAAGAUUUCAUGAAGGUAUGUAAAAUCUUCAUUGCUCCUAAUAGAGAUAAUUUAUGAGCUGCCAUUUAAAUUCAUAUUAACAACUGGGUAAUCUCAUCAAGAAUUUAUUUACAAAGUCUUCUCUGCUAGCGAUAUUAGUGAGAGUCUGAGAGAUAAAACUUUGUACAUCUGAGUCUCCUCAUCCGACGUGAGAAGCAACUAUUGUUUAUCAGGGUAGCUUGAAUCCAGGAAUCAGCAUUGUUACUAUAUUGGAAAGUACGGAGUAUGAUUUUAGCAUUCACUUCUGUAAAUUCUGUAAGGCUGAGCUAGCUGCUUGUGAUAAUACUAAGUAUGAAAAUCUAGAGCUAGUUUGGAUAGUGUUUUUCCUCCUGGAUCCAUGUAAUAAUAUUUUUGAAUCUUGUAGAGCAGUUUUCUGCAAGGAUAUGUAAACCAUCUACUACUAAUAAAUGUCAGUUUUUUGCUGUUUUGUUGCUA